ACCAUCUCCGAACCCAGGAAUGUUUUCAAAUCCAAGAUUAUCUCUGAACCGAGAACUGUCUCUAAAUGGACAAGAUGAUCAUGACAGACAAGGACUGAAUGCACUUAAUCAAAACAGACCAAAUGGUCAUAAUGAACAAGGUGGUCAGGACAUGAGAGAUGGCCAGAUCAGACCAAAUGAUCAGAAUGGACAAGGCGAACAGGACAAUGCAGAUGACCAGAUGAGACCAAAUGAUCAGAAUGGACAAGGCAGACAAGACAAUGGAGAUGACCAGAUGAGACCAAAUGGUCGGAAUUUACAAAUCCGAAACAUGCAAGGACAUGAACAGCGAGAAGUUGGUGUCAACGGACAACAACGUCCGUACAGGCCACAAAACUAUUUAGGGGAACGCUAUGACCGACCUGAAGAUUGGGUGCAUAUUGACGCAAACACACGGAUCCAUAUAGACAUCUGGGAAUCAAUGAGAGCCAAAAGUGAUUCCAAAUUUGUGCGAGAAUUGGCUAGAUGUUUGUGGAGUGACGAAAUACUGCGCCAAAAGUGCCUUGAUGUUAUUAGAGCGAAUAGGGGACGUGAAAUCAAUGAUGUUCAAUUUCGAAAUGCAAUAACUCCGCAAAAAGUGCAAAUAAUAAAAGAUUGUCUUUACAAUAAAAUUACUGAUUCUGGAAUUGAAGGCAGAUUAAGAAAUGCGAGAGUCAAUAAAUAUUGGAAAUAUCUUUCUGCAAAAAUUUACGAUGUCCGCAGAAAUCUGCAAGACGAAUUGAAUCCAAAUCAGUGAAUGCAAGAUAGUUUUGACAAUAACCAGUAUUAGUAUUAUUUUUUAUUAUUUCAACCGUCUGUUAUACUUCGGUUUUCAGUAUUUGCGUUUAUUCAAACGGUUUCUAUUAUAGUUUUCAUGAACAUUUUAUCAUUCGAUAUUUAAAAUGUGUGGUCUAAAUGUGUAUUAUCGUUAAAAAAACAAAGACCUUGAGAAUACUUUAAGUUUUAUUUGUUUAUGCAUUAUUUGAAAAAUGCCAAAAACGUUAAAAGUAUUAUGUCUGUUUCAGUUUGUUUCAUAGUAUUUACGAUAACUUUAAGCGUGUUUCAUAAAACGCUUUAUUAUAGAUUUUUAAAUUUGUUGAGCCUAUGCAUUAUUAGUAAAAUGCCGAAGGUAUUGAAAAUACUUUAAGUAUUGUUUGUUUACGAAUUAUUUAAAAAAGUAUCAAAGACGUUAAAAAUUUGUUACGUCUCUUUUAGUUAGUUUCAUAAUAUUUACGCUUAUUUUAAGCGUCUUUAUUAUGAUUUUGCAGAACACUUUAUUGCAGAUAUCUAAAAUUUGUUAUUUGUCUGUGCAUUGUCGUUAAAAUGCCCAAAAUUUGAAAAUACUUUAAGUGUCUUCGUUUAUGCAUUAUUUGGAAAAUGCCAAAAACUUUAAAAGUGAAAUAAUUGAUCUCGUCUUAUCAAUCCUUAUUUACUAAAAUUUUCUUAUUUAUAUUAGUUUUAUGUUAUUGCAUUAAUGCUAAAUUUAAAAGGACUUAAUACUGAUCUCAGAAACGCUCAAGUCUUUUAAAGUGAAAUUAAUAUAACUUCAAUAAUUAUCAUUUACCAUAUUUAAGUGUUUUUUUCUUUUUUUUAUAUUAUAAUUUUGCGAAUGCCAUGUACCCAAAAAGUAAAAUUAAGGUUUUUUUUUAAUGUUAUUUAUUUUUCUUAUGGACGCUUUCACAUAAAA